AUGGCCCCAGACUGUGAGCCCUGGUGCCCUUUUGCUUCAGAGGGUGAUUACAUUUUUGCUACUGUUGCCAUUGAAGCUGGGCUUAGCUCAACUCAGGUCAAUUCCCUUCUCAAGUCGAUUCAUUGUAUAUGGCAAGGAACAGCAAGCAUCACACUGCAUAAUGAUGCUGGGCUUUGCACCACUUUGGAUAGAAUGGUGGCACAACUAACACCAGCAAGUUCCACUUGUCAGUUCUUGAAGUUUGAAAUUGCUGUGCCCUAUAAGGGCAGUGACAUGACAUUCCCCAUCCACAUCUGCCCUCUGUGGGACUUGGCCCUCAAUUUAUUGCAAAAUCCUUUUCUUGAACCACACUUUGUCUGGGAUGCUGAACAGGUCUUCAAACUUGAUGGUGAGAUGUAUGAAUGCUUCUACACUGAACCUUGGAUGGGCAAUCAUUGGUGGGAUAUUCAAUCACGGUUACCCAUGCAUGCAGAGAAUUCUGUUCCAUUUGCAUUUAUUCUUUAUGCUGACAAGACACAGCUGUCAUCUCAUGGUACUGUCAAGGGUUACCCCAUGGUAGUGAGUUGUGCCAACCUCCCAGUUCACAUUUGCAAUGGUGAACAAUACAGUGGUGGCUGUGUGGUAGGCUGGCUUCCAAUUGUGAGUAUAAUAUCUCUUUGUUUUAGAGUAAUAAAUUGA